AUGUCCGCAAAGAGCGACAGAGACGCACACAAUGCCAAUUCCAAUACACCCGUUCCCUACCAGCUGUGCGCCUGCAGUAUCUGCCGCAAGAUCGGGGGAUAUGUUGGAUGCGUGAAUAUUGGCGGCAUAGCUGAAAGCCUUCAAGUGGUGAAGGGACAAGAAUUGAUCAAGUAUGACCUUUCUCCCCAUUCCAGAUACCAUCAGAACCAAUUGCGACAUACGCAUCUCUUCGUAACUUAUGGAUACGAGCUUCUGUCGUUCGCAAUGAUUAGGGCUGAUAGUUUUCUAUCUAGGAAAUACCACGCCAUCAAAGACCGUGGAACACCCGAUGAGGAGCUUUGCAGUUCCGAACGCAGUUUUUGCUCGAACUGUAGUUCUAUGCUCUGGCUAUGGGACCACCACUGGCCAGAACUCAUUCACCCAUUUGCUUCAGCUAUUGAUACUGAGUUGCCAGAGCCAGCUGAGAUGGUUUGUAUCAUGGAGGAUUCGAAGCCGAAGUGGAUGCGGUGGCCCGAGGGGACCAAAAGCACCCACUCUCUUUACGGCAAGGACAGCCUGGAAGAGUGGCACAAGAAGCAUGGAUACUUUGUCGAGUGA